AUGGAUGAUCGAGUUCGCUUGAGCCGCAGAAUCCGCUUUCUCCUCCUUGCGUGGCUUCGCCGUUCUCGCUCCGGGAGAAUAGAAUUUGUGAGACGAUUCGGAUACAAGGAAAUGACGAAAGCAACAGAAGGUUUCCGCAAGGUUAUCUACAGCAACUAUCACGGGACUGCGUACAGAGCCAAACUCAAAGGCGGUGAAGUAGCUUUGGUCAAGGAACUGAAAGCUCACGAUCUCGGACGAGAGAGGUUUCUUGAGGAAGUGCAGCUCUUGGGACGGUUACGUCACCGACAUCUCCUCACACUUCGCGGGUUUUGCACCGGACGCAAGAGGCUGCUAGUGUUUGGCAACAUUGACAAUGGAAGCUUGAAAGAACACCUCAAUGAUCCGCUUAAGACUCCUUUGAACUGGAAGACUCGCAUCAAAAUAGCCAUUGGAGUCGCCGCUGCAUUAGAAUAUUUGCUAAUCUUCAGCAGUAAUGAUGCACAGAUAUAUGAUGUUUCAGUGAACUCAUGUAACAUCAUGUUGGAUGAAAACUUCACCCCCAAAAUUUCAGAUAUCCGCGUCAACAGACACACACAAAGCCAUCCCAAAACACUCAAUGAUGCUUGCUCCGAAGGAUCAUGUGCGGAUGAGGAAUGUGGAAACGUGAUAUUCCAACUAGGAGUGUUGAUGUUGGAACUGAUCACAGGACAAUCAUCAGACAGACAAGGAGAAGACUUGAUCGAAUGGGUACAACACUCGUGUAUUGCAAACUCCAUUGAUAAGAUGAUUGAUCCGGAUCUUGGCAACAACUAUAGCUCCAGAGAACUCCAGAAAGUUCUUGCCGUGGCUCGUCUCUGUAUAAAAACGAGGUACGAGCCACCUUCCUUCUCCAUCACACAUGUAUACCGGUAUCUACAGAAGAAGAUCGACGUCGCAACAUAG